GUGAAGAUGAAGCUGCGCCGAAGACAGCGCGACGCAUUCUGAUUACGGAAUACAAUCAACAAAAAAAUCAGGUUCUUUUUAAUGGAAAAGUACAAUCAACAGAAAAAUCGUAGGUUUUUAUAAUCAUUCAACUAAUUCGUAUUCGAAGUUACGAUCGAUCGUCCUUUUUUACCUUUUCUCGUAUAUAAAUAUAGGGGGGGACCUAGUAUUUUACCACUGUUACUGAGACUGACACUGAGUACAACAAUCAAUGUGUGAGACUGUGACUGAGUACAACAAUCAAUGUGUGAGAAUGGAUCGGUUACCUGUCAUAGUCGCCAUUCUCUAUCUCUUCUGAUAAAGGAGCUUCUCUACUCUUCUAAUAAAGCUACUCCUAGAGAGGAGUUUGGAGGUGGCGUUUCGCGAAUCGGACACUCCGGUAUACAGGUUACAUCAUGGGCUUGCGGCGACCCUGAAGUCUUAGACAUCCUAGAGGAUCCUGGAACGACCGAUGUUAAGGCUUUCAGAGAUCAUUGUGACAAUGACGUGAUUGAUAAGUAGCCCUCAAUCUCUUUCAAGAUCUAUACUCUAGUAUAGGGAUAAUUAUAUUAAGGUUAGUCCACCUAGUAUUAGUGAGAAUUUGAGAUGAUAAGAGAAAUGAUAGAGUUAGAGAUAAGGUGAGUUAGAGAGUAUAAUUAUGAUUGAUUCUCCAUCUCUCUCAGAUGAUGAUUGAGCUCUUCUUGGUUCUACCAUCUCUCUCUGCAGAUUGCCAAGAUGUGAUAUGUAACUCUUGAAGGAUUUUUGAUGAAAUCCCUAGAGUCAGUUCUUAAAAUGAACUAGAGCUGGGUCCUCUUAGUCUUACUCUUAAAGGACUAGUCGUGAGAUCCCUACGAUCCCUACAGGGUGAGUGUUAAGCUAGAGACUGAGACGCCAGCAGCUCUAAUGAUAAGGAAUUAGCGACACAUUGGGUGAACGGUGGAAAACCAUUUCUACGGUUAGUGGCUGACGAAGAAGUUUUGUUUCUUAAGGCUGCUGUUGUAGUUGUAGGUUAUCAUUUUCAUCGGGAAAGUUGGCAACAGGGACCGACGACGCAGUUGAGGAUAAGUAGAUAAAAACUCGUAGUCCCUCUGUGGCUGCACAUAUUCACCCGAGGAGGCAGGUCAAACUGUGGACGGUGAAUCAAAUCCUAUCCUAUCCUUGUUGAUGUUCUUUUUUAUUUUGGGACUUCGUUCAUCAUAUUCAUGGUUGAAUAAGUAUCUAUAAGAUGCUUUUCCUAUGCAAUUAUCGACUCAAAACCGGCCAACGCUAAGCACCAUAUAUUAUAAUGGUGCUAGGAAUUUUUAUUUAUGUUCAUCUCAAAUUGCUUGAUUCCCCAAUAACUUUCACUUGCACUUAUCUCACGCUUCAUCCGUUAUUUAUGUUCUACCUGUACCAAUACCGACUCAUACUCUUACUUGUUCCUACUCAUACUCUUAGUUACUUCAUUAACAGGCUUCAGAAAUCUACUUACCACAUGAUCUUCUAUCAUAGCGUCAGCGACCUGCUCUAGCCCUCUAAUUUGAGAAUAUACCGAUGCACGUCGUUAGAUUUUACUGGGCUCGUACUGCUGCAACUAGGCUGUGGUCUGGGAUGGAACAUACUUGCCUAUGCCGGAUUCGUUUUCUUAUGGAAAAAUGUUGAAGGCUACACCGUAAUUGAAGAUCAUCGAGCUCUUCAGUGAUAAGGAUCUUCGCGAUGGUUGCUGAUUCUUCAGGUGAGAUAUCGGCAUGUUGAGAUAUUUUUUACAAUGCUAGUAGUGAGCCUCAACGUGCUCAAGGCAUCUAUUUUUGCUACCUUCAUAACGGCGUUACAGAUUUCGCUGCAAUAUAGCUGCGAUGCUACGAGGUAUAUUCUGCUGCAAGUAUUAGCAUAGGAGUUCCAUUUUAUGGGUGACGUUUAUUCCAUUCUUACGACCAUCGAGGCUCCCCAAUAGGCUACGCGUUUUUAAGGGGAAAAGGGUAGGCUCGAGGGUCUGGCUAGAUGGAAAAAGCGCCAUGCAUACAUUUGUAGCGAUAUUUGUUCCCGGAACAACCUCAGAUGGGACAACGAUACUGGGAGUGCCUGGAACUCCUACUUCAGUGCCAAAGUAGACCACUUAUGGUCCCAUAGCUCAGCCUCGGUAGAGAAACACUUAGUUAGUCCAAAAGAAGAUAUUGAUGAAGGGAUUAUGUUUAUGAUCAAGCGAAGAACAAGAACUACAACUACUGCAUUGAGAACCAAGAACGAAGAUAGAAAAAUAAGGUUGUGAAUGAAGCUGAUACCAUUACCAGACCAAGGCUAAAAAGACAAAGUUGUGAAUGAAGCUGAUACCACUACCAGACCAAAAGCAAAAAAAGACUAGAAAAGUAAAGUUGGGAAUGAAGCUGAUACAAUCAUUACCAGACCAAAAAACGACGCCAUGGUAAGGAUGGAACGUUCUUACGACUAGGACUACAAGUCUUAGGGUUAAAGUAAAGCACAAUUUUCAAAACCAAAAAGGACAAACGAUAACGAAAUUUGAACCUGAAGAAAUUUUAUUUUCCAACGCGAAUCGCCACGGGAAAUCUUCCUUAUAUAUAACAUUCAUUAACAAGAAUGACAAUACCUCCGCGCGCUAUCGAUAGGCACAGUAUCAUCAUCCUAGUUGCUUUUUGUUGUUGAUUCAGAUUCAUCCAUUUCUUUCGAAAUAAGACUAAGUACAUAAUUGUAAUUGAUGUGAAGACUGCCGUUAUCGUUAUCUAUCAUGCUGCGGCUCAGAUUGCGAAUUCAUCAAAUACGAAGUUUUUUUUUCCAAACGCACAUGACACCGACACGAUUUUUGUCCAUCUAGAUCUACAUUCCAAGAAUGAAAACGGGUGGUCGAGGAAUUACAGGAAGAUUAUGUCCUUGUGCACUGAAUCUGGAUAGUACAACGUGUCCGAGUCCACAUUAACAUGAACAGCGUUGUGCACAUCAAAUUACUGAGCAGUAUCGUGAAUGAUCUAUCUCAAGAGUCUUGAUUGUUUUUCAUCGGGAUUUUUAUAACCAGAACUAUAUGACCAAGGACUUGUUGCAGCUAGUCGAAGUGGCAGUCCAACUCAAACUCUUUUAGAAGAUGUACAGAUUUGAUAGCUGCGCAGAACAAAUAAGCUAUCAGAUACGGAUCGACGAAAGACAUCAAAGAGUAAGAGACAGACCUCCAAUCAAUCUACUAGAACAACAAGUCAGCCGUCACGGAUACUUAUUGUCAGCGCAAUCAAAGGACAAAGGACAGGAG